CAUUCAAGAUGGACUUCAAAGGCCAGCUCAUAAACCAAUGCAUCAGGAAGGGAUUGACGUAUGAGUUCCACGAGGUCUCGGUAACAGGUCCACCUCAUGUUCGUUGGUUUACAUUUCAUGCUCUUGUAAAUGGUGAAAAACUUGGUGAAGGAGAACAUGCAACAAAAAAAGGAGCAGCUAACAUGGCGGCCAGAAUGGCUCUUGAAACUCUACAAACUCAAGAUCAAAGCAAUUCCCCCAUGUUACAGAACUCUUCAAAUACCCCACAGACAAGCCGCUGUCCUAGUGCAUUAAACUCAAGUCCUGUAGAAAAUUCAUUAUCUGUUACUGAGGAAUCACGAGAAAAUACAUUUGGAAGAAAUUACACUGGAAAAUGUAAUGAAUUGUGCCAAAGAAAAAAAUGGCCAUUUGCUGUCUUUUUGCAUGAGAAUAAAGGACCAUCACACAUUCCGGAGUUUUUCUGUAGUGUUAAAAUUGAUAAAAGAACAUUUUCAAAAGCUACAGGAAAGAGUAAAAAGGAAGCACAACAAAAUGCUGCUUUUAAUGCACUACUAGAGCUUAAAAGGGAAAAUCCAAGUGACCCAGAGAUCCCGGAUGUGAGUAGAGACUCUGCAAGUCCAGGAUCAUUGAGUGCCAGCAAUGCCAGUUUAGAAAGUGGAUCAUCAUCAACUAAGAGUUCAUUGGUCUUUGCUUCCAAUUUGACACCCACCGCCCCAACCAAGUCCGUGAGAAGGGUUGAAUUGGCAGCAAAUUUUACGAAACUAAAAAUACAUACAUGUGAUGAAAGCUUUCUUCGAGACUUUGACGACAUAUCUCCACUGGGUUCAGGUGGAUUUGGAACUGUUUUUAAAGCAAAAAAAAAAAUAGACGACAAAUACUACGUAGUGAAAAAAGUUAUGUUUCAUGACCAGAAAUCGAUUUUAGAGGUUAAAGCCUUAGCAAACUUGGAACAUCCAAAUAUUGUUCGAUAUUUUCAUUCUUGGACUGGACAAGACUACUCAGAUGACUCCAUGAGUGGUAGCAGUGAUGUUGGAAAUAGAAAUACACAAGUGUGCCUGUUUAUACAAAUGGAGUUGUGUAAAUACGGGACUUUGAGAGAAUGGAUGGAAAAAAUGAAAAAAAUUGAUAAGGAGAGGAGUCUUGAUAUUUUCAGACAAAUCAUUGAAGGAGUUGUAUUUAUACAUUCGAAUAAGCUCAUUCACAGAGAUCUCAAACCUGAAAAUAUAUUUUUUGCCACAGAAAGGAUCAUAAAAAUAGGCGAUUUUGGUCUUGCAACUCCAAUGACUGAAGAGAAUGAAAAGCAAGCCCUAUGCCGUACCCAAGGCAUUGGAACCAGAUCUUACAUGGCCCCAGAACAGGAGGAAGCCAAGUAUGAAAAUGAGGUGGACAUCUUCCCAUUAGGAUUAAUACUAAUUGAACUUUUCAUGACAUUUGGUACUGUUAUGGAAAGACAAAAAGAAUGGACAAACAUACGAAAUGCUGAACUACCUUUAUCAUUCACAGAACAGUACCCUUCUGAGGAAUCCUACAUCAGGUUAAUGUUGUCUAAGGAUCCCAAAAAAAGACCUACAGCUAGCAAACUAAAAACAUAUUUUGAUAUACAAUCGGUGCUUUAUUCAAGAACUGUCUAAGAAGUUGGAGAACAAAGAAAUUGUAACGAUUGAAUUGUAAUGCAAAAAUGAACAGUAUCACUUUGUUAUUGUCUGCUUCAUGUUAAGAGAUUAUUAUGGUCUUUAUUGGAUUGUGCUUAAUUGUACACUAUGUAAAUGGUACUAUAAAAAUCAAAUCCGUCGAUAAUGUGAUUAUCACAGAUCUGAUUUAAUAAAGGGAAACUAUAGUGCCAGGAAAAUUGUUUUCCUGGCACUCUAGUUUCCCCGUUUGCCCCAUGGUGCAGAAGGAGUUAAAAAUCCCUUCAUCAAUUACCGGAAUUCAGCACCAAUGUCCCUUGGCACUGGCUUGGGGUCUGCAUUCACUCUUCCCCCUGCCGACGUCAGGCCCCAUAGGGGCUUUCCUAUGGGGUUUUGGGUGACGCUACUUAUGCGUGAGGACAUCUGGCGUCCGUUACGACCCAGACGUCCCUCUAGUGGCUGUCUACCAGACAGUUAACCCACACAGGUAAUUAUUGCAGUUAAUUAAAAACUGCAAUAAUUACCUUUCCAUAAUUAAGAAGCCUAGGAAUAUGCACCCAGACCACUUCAAUGAGCUAAAGUGGUCUGGGUGCUUAUAUUGUCCCUUUUAAUAUAUUUUUUAAGAUUUUCUAAAAGUGUAAGUUAUUGUCUAAUUUAAAAUAGUACCCCUGAAAGCAAUGUAAGAUUUUAAGUUUUUUAUUAGGUUGGUACGACUUUGCUCCUUGUAUGGUUAAAGGGAAAGCUGCAAGCUAGAAGCACAGCUCAAUAUAGAUGUAUAUAGAAUGGUUUAGCACUUGAGUUCGAUAAUGGCUCCUAAAGUGUAGUGUGGAAUGGUACAGUCGCCACUCUACUAUAACUAGUAGACACAAUUUUUUCUCUGUGCUGUGUGUAUAUAU